CUGUGAAGGCAGUGUGAGGUAACCAGUGGAUAGUUCAGGCAUGCAUUUAGCAAGCGGCUCUCAAUGAAAACUAAUAAAGCAAAUACUAGCGCAGAGGACUAUGGGAGGGUGCGCAGGUGAGCCGACUUGAAACGCAGCGCUCCGUCCAUGGAACUGGAUCCUUAGACAUAUAGUCCGAGGACAAGAGAUGUCAGGAGACAGCAUGACAGCUGUACGCGGAGCCCACUCGAACAACAGCAGCCCUGCGACACCGAAGGAAAACGGACACACCGCCCAGCCGACGUCCAACUUUCCCCAUCCCUCAGCGGGGAGCGCACCGGAGGACAGCCCGGCGGGUUCCAGCAGCGAGCUCUCCCACACAUGGAUCCACUUCGUGAAGACUUUCGUCAUUAUUUUCCCCAUUUAUGCCCUGGGCUAUUUUGAGUUCAGUUUCAGCUGGUUGCUGAUAGGACUUUUUAUCUUUUUCUGCUGGAGGAGGAACGCAGGGGGGAAGCUGAGCCGCCUGAGCCGAGCGCUUGCUUUCUUUGACCAAGAGGAGCGAAGCGCACAACGGUGUCUGACCACCUCGGAUUUACCUCCAUGGGUUCACUUCCCAGAUGUAGAGCGUGUGGAGUGGUUAAACAAGACUGUGAGACAGAUGUGGCCGUACAUCUCCCAGUUCGUGGAAAAACUGUUCCGUGAGACAAUUGAGCCGGCGGUGAAGGAGUGCCACGCCCAUCUAAGCACCUUCUGCUUCAGCAAGAUCGACAUAGGAAAUACACCACUCAGGAUUAAUGGGGUCAAGGUUUAUACAGAAAAUGUGGAUAGGCAGAUCAUCAUGGACCUGCAGAUCAGCUUUGUUGGGAAUACUGAGAUUGAUGUGGACAUUAAGCGCUACUACUGCAAAGCUGGGAUCAAGAGCAUCCAGAUCCAUGGCGUGCUAAGGGUAGUGAUGGAGCCCUUGCUGGGGGACGUGCCUCUCGUUGGAGGACUGUCUUUGUUUUUCCUUAAGAAGCCACUCCUUGACAUAAACUGGACUGGCCUCACCAAUAUUCUGGACAUUCCUGGCCUCAACGGCUUCUCCAACAAUCUGAUUCAAGACAUAAUCUACAGUUAUGUGGUUUUGCCCAAUCGAAUAACAAUCCCUCUGGUUGGAGACGAGGACCUGGCUAAGCUUCGCUUUCCAAUGCCCAAGGGAGUUCUCAGGAUUCACUUCCUCGAGGCUCAGGAUCUGGAAGGGAAGGAUCAAUUUCUGGGAGGACUGAUCAAAGGAAAGUCGGACCCUUAUGGCAUCCUGCAUGUCAGCAAUCAAAUGUUCCAUAGCAAGACGAUAAAGGAGAGCCUCCAUCCCAAGUGGAAUGAGGUUUAUGAGGCUCUUGUGUAUGAGCCCUCUGGUCAACAUCUGGAAAUCGAGCUGUUUGAUGAAGAUCCAGACAAAGAUGACUUCUUAGGAAGGUUAGCUUCCCUUUUCCUCUCCUGCUGUUGGUUUGAACUGGAAGAAGCACCUACUGGCAAACUGCACUUAAAACUAGAGUGGCUGUCUCUGUUCUCCACUUCUGAUAAGCUGGAUCAGGUUUUAAGAUGUGUGCGUGCAGACAGAAGCCCAACAAAAGAUGGACUCUCGUCAGCUCUCCUGGUGGUCUUUCUAGACUCAGCUAAGAACCUGCCAGGUGUCUUCACAGGCAGCUUAGGCUGUGGAAACUUAAGUGAGAGGAGAGCUUCUGGCUUAAUCUUUUGUGAGGGCGAUACAUCUGAGUGUAGUGCAAAUUUCUCAGCCAAGAAAAACAGCAGUGAACCCAGUCCUUAUGUUCAGUUCACAGUUGGACAUAAAACUCUGGAGAGUAAGCACAAAUGCACACUGGGUAUUUUGCGUGUGCCUUUGAGUAGGCUUCUGUCUGAGGAGAACAUGACGCUGGCGCAGUGCUUUUCUCUGAAGAACUCUGGACCAAGUUCCACCAUCAAAUUAAAGAUGGCCUUGAGGAUCCUUUCACUGGAAAAACAGAUAUCUUCAGACCUGCCCUCUGCGGUGCAGGUCAGAAAAUCCAGUGUUCCCCAGACAGCCCUGGCCCCCUCCCUGAGUCUGUCCUACUCAGAGUCACAGCUGCUUUCUGCCACACCUCCAAAGCCCGUACGCGCCUCCACUCUCACUCUCCAGGACCCUGACGGCGAGCCAUACUCUGCCAGCCCUCGCCGCAGCACACCUAACUUGAGCACCACUAUUUCUAGCUCUCAGAAAUACCUGCCUCACAAGGAGAGCACCCCCAGCCUGGCGUCGGAUAUCUCACUGCCUAUCGCCACCCUGGAGCUUCAACAAAGACUCCAUCAGCUGCAGAACGGCUCGGCUCCUGGCCAAUACCCCCUGGGUGAGAUCCAGCUCACUGUUCGACACAGCUCCCAGAGGAACAAACUGGUUGUGGUGGUGCACGCUUGCAGAAAUCUGAUAGCCUUCACCAAAGAUGGCUCAGACCCCUUCAUACGCCUGUAUUUGCUGCCUGACAAGAGCCGGUCGGGAAGGAGGAAGACAAGCACGAUGAAGAAGACUCUUAAUCCUGUUUAUGAUCAAACGUUUGAGUUCAGUAUUUCCCAUGUGGAGCUGAAUAGGAGAACUCUGGAUGUAGCGGUGAAAAAUGGAAGGAGCAUCCUGUCCAAACACAAAGGCCUUUUGGGAAAGGUGCUGGUAGAUUUAAGUGGAGAGGAUAUCUCAAAAGGGUGCACUCAGUGGUAUGAACUGACAGAAGAUGGUUUGUCAUCUCUAGGAAUACGAAGAAGUCAAGAAUCCCUCAUCACACAGUGAAACCACUCUUGUCUUCUAAAACUGUGAUGUGGUUCUUUGUUAUAUGUUUUUUCAGCUAUUCUAAAGGAGAAGUUUUAUUCCCUUUUCAGACUGAUGAGUAAAGACACAUACUAUAAAUAGUAAAACAUGCAAACCACCCGGAGUUUGUUUGCAGACUUUUAUGUAGAUAUUUCUCCUAUUUCUGUAUGAAAACCACAAUUUGCAAGUGUUUUCAUGACAUUAUCUUUCCUUAAUGGAAGUUUUGUAGAAAUGUGUGCAAAUUCUUUGAGAUUUAUUUGGUGUUGAUGCAAAAACAAUAUGACAAAUUCUGUUUUUCUUAUGUGAAAAUGAACCAAAGGAACAGAUACAAUCCCAAACAUAAGCCUCAUAAGUAGCAAUCCUUUUCUUGUUAUUUAUUUUCCGUUUGUUUUGUUAUGCAGUGUUAUUGAUUCUUUACGUCUGUAAAGAAAUACAUGGAAUGCACGUAUGCAAAAUUGUAUUAAUUUUAGCAGAUUUGCACCAUAUUUGUAAUUCUAAAUUUUGUCUCAGAUGCUGUGGGAAAAAUGCAUUUUAGGGCUAUGAAUAAGUGCUGCAGACGACAUACAUAUAUAAAAGAGGAUACUUGAAUAAGUGUUUUGAGAGUCUAAAACCAUAUGUGAGUUAUGUAAACAAAGAAAGUUACCUUUUUGCAUUUUAUGAUCAGGUUGCUGCAACACAUUGAGAUAAUGCAUCUUUGGCUAUAUGCUUGUAAAUUUUUUGCCUUGCAAUUGUAACCGUUUGUUUCAACUUUUCAAUACAUUUCUUCUUCUCUCCGUGCCUUAAGAGCCUGCUAUCUGAGUUUUUUUUCUUCUUCUAAACUAUUAACAUUUUGAAAUGAUCUGAUGCCUUGUGGCUUUGAAU